AUGUACAGCUUCAUGGGCGGGGGGCUGUUCUGUGCCUCGGUGGGGAACGUCCUCCUGGUGAUUUCGACGGUCACCGACUACUGGAUGCAGUACCGGCUGGCUGGGACCUUUUCCCACCAGGGACUCUGGAGAUACUGUGUGUCUGGGAAAUGCUACAUGCAGGUGGAGAGCAUCGCCUAUUGGAACGCCACCCGGGCCUUCAUGAUCCUAUCCGCCCUCUCUUGCUUCGCGGGGAUCAUCACAGGCAUCCUCUCCUUCGCCCAGUUCUCCACCUUUCAGCGCUUCAACAGAUCUUUCGCUGCCGGCAUCUUGUUUUUUGCUUCCACACUGUUUGUCCUCCUGGCAAUGGGGAUUUACACGGGAGUCAGCGUCAACUUCCUGGGCAAGCGCUUUGGCGAGUGGCGCUUCUCCUGGUCCUACAUCCUGGGCUGGGUCGCCCUCCUGAUGACCUUCUUUGCAGGUAUCUUCUACAUGUGUGCCUACAGGAUGCACGAAUGCCAACGGCUGGCAGGGACCCGCUAA